GGUGGUGGUCGUGGUGCCACUCGUGGUGGGAGUCAAGCUGCUGGCGUUUGUAGCUCUUCCGGAAGAAUUUACUUCGCCUCGACCUUAGCACUUCUAAUUUCAGAGACUCAGUGUCUGCUCCGGAGAAUUCACCGCCGUCAGAGACUCUGCGUCAGUCCCCACCCGUGUCUGCUUCUUCACCGACUCGUGAUGGUUCUUCUUCCCCGACGGAACAGCACCCGCAUCAAACUCAAAACCCACAUUCUCCUCCCCCUCAAAAUUCGAUGACUUUGGAUGACCUGCUUGCAAUUCCUGGACGUGAAAAUCAUCUUCCAGUCUUAUCUCUAGUUCCAAAAGAGGGAAGUACUUGGUUUGAUCGUGAUGGUGGGAAGCUGACUCGAAAAAUCUCAAAGCUCUUGAAAGCUAAGUUUGAUGAUGCGUAUUACUGCUGGACAGUAAUGCCUCCUGACAUCCAACGUCGCUAUUUUGAAGACUUUGCGGUAUUAAUUUAUUAACAUAUUUUUAUGUCAGAUUUGCUUAAUACUUACAAACAAAUUUGUUGAUGUGUAGCAAGGACAUCACUGGGAUCGCUCGAUCACCACACUUGUACGAGAUGAGUUUGAAAUCAUCUGUCUUAAUCGGAUGAAAGGAAUGGUGUGUCAAGCAAAGAGGAAAGGCAUACGACCAGCUUGGAUUGGAGAUACAUUGUGGAAAAAAAAUGUGUGCUUACUGGGCCACUGAUGCAGCCAAGAAAAAGAGUGAAACCGCAUCAAACAGUAGGAACUCUGACCGUGGUGGACUUGGGCCAUUCAAGCACUUCGCAGGACAAAUGUCCUUCUUACGUAUUCAGCAAAAUAUGGAAGCAGAAUUGGGCAGACCUGUCAGUAUUGGAGAAGUGUUUUUAAAGACUCAUACUAAGGCUGAUGGGACAUUUAGUGAUCUGAAGGCUGAGCAGAUCGCCCAAGCUUAUGAAAAGAAAUUAGAUGAGAAGAUGUCCCAGGUUGAACAAGACGUGUGUGUGAAUGGUGGUGAUAGUUCUUACAUUCCUGAGCUUUCACCAACUGAAAUGAAUGAGAUCUUUCUUGAGACUACUACUUUGGAUAUGAGAGGACAUGAGUAUGGACUUGGUAGCCUUCUUCCACUACAUGGCAACAAAAAGAGAAAAGGAGGUCCUGGAACUUCAACUUCUUCUGCAUUUGCACACUUGCAACAACAACUUGAAGCUUCUCAACGUCUAAUUGAAGAGCAAGCAGCGGCAAAUACUCGACAUGAUGCUGAAACCGCAGCAGCCAAUGCUCGACGUGAUGCUGAAACAGCAGCUCGAGAUGCAGAGCAUCAAAGCCAGAUCAAUACUUUGAAGAUGCUGCUCACCUAUAUGCAAGGUAAAGACCCAUCAUUCUCGGAGUUUAUGAUCGCAGCGUCUGCAUCUGCGACAACUACUCCUAUGCCAUAAGUAGUUAAUAAGUUCUUUUUUGGUUGCAAAGAUAAGUAGUUUAUGAUUUUUUUUUUUGGUUGGCAAAGAUAAGUAGUUUAUGAUUUCUUUUUUUGGUUGCCAAUGAUAAGUAGUUCAUAACUCCUUUUUGGGUUGGCAAAGAUAAGUAGUUGCCAUUUGUAUAAAACAAAAAUCUUAAGUAUUUUGUAUUUUAAAGUUUAAGGAA